AAGGCUAUUUCAAGGAUCAAAUCAAAUGUUCCCGUUUCUCGGUCGGCCGUUCAUGUCUUCCCUCUCGCCUCCCGAAAACGCCGGGAUCGCGGCCCUUCCUUCCACCGGAUCUGGCGUCAGGUAAUAGAGAGGAGGAGGAGGAGAAAUGGCGCAUCGAGUGGACAAUGAGUACGAUUACCUUUUUAAGAUUGUUCUGAUAGGGGAUUCUGGCGUGGGGAAAUCCAACAUCCUCUCCAGGUUCACGCGCAACGAGUUCUGCUUGGAAUCCAAGUCCACCAUCGGCGUCGAAUUCGCCACCAGGACUCUUCAGCUAGAGGGGAAGACAAUCAAGGCUCAGAUAUGGGACACGGCUGGGCAGGAAAGGUACCGAGCCAUCACCAGCGCUUACUACAGAGGUGCAGUGGGAGCACUCCUGGUCUAUGACAUAACAAAGAAGCAAACUUUUGAAAAUGUUCAAAGGUGGUUACGUGAGCUGAGGGACCAUGCCGACUCCAACAUUGUGAUUUUGAUGGUUGGGAACAAGGCAGACUUGAGGCAUCUUCGAGCAGUCACAGAAGAGGAAGCCCAGAUGUUAGCUGAGAAGGAAGAGAUUUCUUUCCUGGAGACAUCAGCUUUGGAGGCACUUAACAUAGAUAAGGCAUUUCAGACUAUUUUAAAAAAUAUUUACCAGAUAAUCAGCCGAAAGGCGCUUGCUGCUGCAGAGGCAGCAGGAACAGUUCCCAGCCAAGGCAUGACCAUCAACGUAUCGGAUCCCGGUGGAGGCUUCACAAAGAAAGGUUGCUGUUCAAAUUAGCUAAUUUGCCUUUUGUGUGGGUGAUUUGCCCAGAAACUUGGAUCCGCCCAAGGUGCUAACACAAUUAUUCAAUAAUUGUUCAUUUAUAGUUUAUUCAGAUCUGCAUUGAAAAGUCUGUCUUGUUUCUUUUGUUCUGGAGGCUAUGAGAUGCAGAUUUCCUUUUCCAUAUACUUGGUUCGUACUAAAAAGCAUAAGCUCAUUUGGAUAUAGACUGUAAAUUUCAAGUUUUUGUAUUACUAAUACCAGUAACACUGUCAGAUAUUUGUUCAUCUCUAGAAUGUUUGUGGCAAAAAGUUGCAAAGCAAAUAGUAUGCUUAUCCAUGCAUGAGGUACUUUAAAUAUGAUUAAUCAUGCACACACAUGAAGGCCACAAACCACAUGACUAAGCUUCCAACAAAUUUGAUUUCAUACAAGCUUAUCAAGUAUUAUUAUAGAUUUUUUUUUUUUUUUGCUACCAUCUUUUGUACAGUUUUUGCUGCCUCUGUUUACCUUUUUAUUUAGCAACUCUUAUUAUCCUGAAGUCUGGAUGGAGGAGGGAAAGGAAUCAAAGGUGGAAGAAAUUCCUUAGGGAAGAGAAAGGAGGAAAGGAGAAAAUAUUAAAAAAAAAUACAAUCGGCACCUUUGACGGCCACAACUCAUGACCCGACUGCAAGCUCACGGUGGCCUAGUCGUGAUUUGUGGUCAGGCCAGAGCUCGUAGUCGCAAUUCGCGGUCAAGCCUUGAGCUAUUUGUGGCCUGGUCGCGAGCUUGCAAGUUUGUGACCAUGAUUCACAGUCAUGCUGCGAAUAACUUGCGGUUAUUUGCUGCUUGGCCGUGAGUUUGUGGCCCGCAAAUUGGUCUACUACUGAAAUGAGUCUUCAAAAGAUAUGGAUUUAAAAGCAUAAGAAAAGAUGGGUAAACUCAAUCGUCUUCUUAAAAGAAAUGCAACAAUAUUGAGAGAAAAUUAUUUACCUUGCAAAUUAAAUAUAUGACGUGGUUGCUUGAUAUUGUUAUCAUCGUUGAUCGCCAAGAAGAACAUAUGACUCUUUGAGAAUGUAUAAUUUUAGGUAUUAUGACAAUUUAUUUAAUUGAUACAAAUUGUGAUCUGGAUCUCACAAAUUAGUAUCCAAUAAUGAUGCUAUAGCUUCAAUCCUAUUGGUUUUUAACAAAUUAGUAUUCAACGAUUUGCAUUCUUAACAAAUUGGUAUCCAACAAUUUGCGACCUGUCUAUGAAUCAUGACCACCGCGAUUUGCGGCCAGACAGGUAAGAGCUCACAACCGUGACACGGCUACAAGCUCUCAGCCAAGCCAAUGGAGUGGCUCACGGCUGCGAGUUUGCAUGUUGUUGGUUCCAGAGUUUGUGUUCCCCGGUCAGAGUUUGCAUUCUAAAUCGUUUCACAUGAAUUGCUAGUUUCCUUGCCAUUUUAUUCAAGAGAAAUUUCCAGUCACCUUUAUCUCACUUAUUUUCUAGUGCAUUGGAUAUGAUUUCCAAAAGAUUUUUCAUGGUUAUCCAGUACUAUAUGUUUAUGGAGAUGCAAGUUUCUAAAGGAGUAAACUUCCUUUUAGGCACUUGGAUUUUCCUAAGACUAGAAUGAUUGAAAUUAUCAUAUGCUGCAGGAGAUGUACUGAUCUUGUCUUAGGUAAAGCAUCAUAAUCUUUGUUCUUGCUAAUGAUACUUUGGAUGAGCAGAGUUACUUUUUCUUGCAACUGCUGAACAGAUAACCACAUUGGUCAGAGGCAGCUAAACGGCUUGCAGAUGUUCAGGCACAGGCAGGUGUGCUUGAAAUUAUGAAUUAACCCAGCUAGAGUUCCAAAGAGUAGGCAUUAAGAUACUUCUGUAUCACCUUGGAGUUGCCUCAGAUGAGCAGUGCGAAGGGGGCUGGAAUCGAAUAACCAAUCGGCAAUCUACAUGGCCUCCAUGGCUAGGCUGCGGUUCUCAUGCGGUGGUAGAUUGAGCAUCUUGCUACUAAACAAAGCAGUGCUUCUGUUCCUUCUUGCCAGCAAGGAAGAGACAGUCGAACCCCUGGAGGUUUUCUUCCAUGUUGUCCUGCCAUGGAACCUUGAUCUGUUGCAGUGCUUUUGUGUCGAAUUGAAUCCGUGGUCACCGGAUGCCUUUAACCUCUUUCUGCUGGGAUUCGCUUUUUUCACAAGAUCUUCAAUGCAUCUAGCAUCAGAUAGAGAUCUAAACGACUCUGAUUUCCCUUCAAAAUACUUGGACAGCCCUCUUCUGCAGAUUUGACAGUUUCAACCUCAUUAGCUGAUGAAACAUCGAAGAGUUUGCAUUGCAAACUGAUAAUCCAGUACUUACUUGAUUGGGAGGUCGUCCACGAGCGAAGAUAAGUCGAAAGAAGAUUGAUUUGGAUCAAAUUGCGAUGCAUUUGAUGAGAGGGAAGACGACGAGCUCGGAGAUGUGGAGGUUGCAUCAUCUGUAAGAUCCGACAAUGUCGACAAGAUGGAGUCAUCAGAAUUUCCAUAAAAUGAUGAAGAUUCACACCUCUUAUCAUCAUCAUAAUCAUCAUCAAUUCUCUUCAAACAUAGGCCAUUGGUAGCAUCAUCCUUAGCACCUUCACCCAUUUCACAGGCAGGGGAUGGUGAUGCAGGUGCUGCCAUCUUCAUAUGAAUCAACAAAUAGUUGAUGGAGAUCAAGUGGAAAUGGAAACAAGUUUUGUUGUUAGUUAUAUUUGUUCUGCUUUUGCGGGCUUUCUCUUAUAUUGUGUUGUUGUGCCAUGGUCCUCGGUCAUUGUCUUUUAGAGGAUUAGAAUCACAUGUCUCCACCUGCUGUUGAUUAGGGAGAGUUUGUGGAUAGGAUGAUGAACAUGGAUAGAAGCGACCUCGAUCAUCCAUAUCUGCCACGUUUUAUUUUAUUCUUUUCUGGUUUCUUU